GUACUUUGUACAGAAGUCGCUAGGCGUCGCUAUGUGGUUUCACCUCUGACCCACAAGGAAUGCUCCAGAGCGCGUGUCGAUCACCAGACAACCAGGACUAGAAACUGAGCAAAUUUUGUCUUCUUUGAGAUCUACGGCAAUUCUAAUUACGCCACAAUGUCUAUCAAUAUACGAUGUGCCAAGCCAGAGGACCUGAUGAACAUGCAGCACUGUAACCUGCUGUGUCUGCCUGAGAACUACCAGAUGAAGUACUACUUCUACCACGGGUUGUCCUGGCCUCAGCUCUCGUAUGUGCAGAGGACGAGAAGAGGAAGAUUGUUGGAUACGUUCUGGCCAAGAUGGAAGAAGACCCAGAUGAGGCUCCACAUGGACACAUCACAUCACUGUAACCGAGCAGCUCUGAACUUGUACCAGACAACUCUGAAG